CUCUGGAUCUCUCUCUCUCUCUCUUUCUUAUUGAGAACGCUUUUAGACACAAUUUCUAUUCCUCCGAUUCUCGAUGGAAUCUUCGAAAGAAACAGGCUGUCAAACACCAAAAGGCCAAAAUCUUUGCAUAAAGAAUUGUGGGUUUUUCGGUAGCGCAACUACCAUGAACAUGUGUUCAAAGUGUCACCAAGAUAAGAUGAUCUUGAAGGAACAGCAGGCCAAGCUUGCAGCUUCUUCCAUCGUGAAUGGUGAUGGUUCAUCGAGCAGAAGCAGCAGCAGAAACAAGCAAGUCUUAUUGAGCAAGGAUGUUUUGGAUAUGAAGAAAGUCAAACCAGAGGAAAAAAAGAAGGCUGAUGUUGUUGAUAAGAAAGCAGAUGUGAAAGUGAAAGUAGUAGUGGAGGGACCUAAUCGAUGCAGCACUUGUCACAAGCGUGUGGGUUUAACCGGUUUCAACUGCAAGUGUGGUGACCUGUUCUGUUCGGUUCAUCGAUACUCCGACAUGCACGACUGUCCUUAUGAUUACAGAACAGUAGGUCGAAAUGCCAUUGCUAAGGCUAACCCGGUUGUUAAGGCAGAAAAGCUUCAUAAGAUUUAAUAAUAAUAGUAAUAGAUAAAAUGAAGACACCUGUAAUAUUGUUGCUAAGUCUUCCUUUACUAGGUAUUAUUUGUCAUAAAUGACAAUAGAACAAGGUUGAUUAUCUUUGCAGUAUUCAGUCAGUCAGUCAGUCUCUAUUGGACCAUAAAUCCUAUGGUUACAUUCCUCCAUUGUGUGCUAAAGUUUGUUUGAUUUCAUGUGUUUGUAUCUGGUCUGGUCAGUCUUGUUAUAUAUCUACAUACCUAUCUAUCUAAUAAUAUGUGCAGCUUCCCCAGUUA